AUGUAUUUCAAAAUAGCCAUCAUUGCUGCUGCGCUAGUAUCAGUAAAUGCGCAGAAUCACGGUCAAAAUCAUGGUCACGCCGUUUUUUCUCAAUCAAUCAUCAGACAUGACAUCUCUCACGACCAACACAACUCACAUCACAUUCAAGCUAUUCCAAUUGUUCAACACGCAGCUCCUAUAGUUCAUCACGCUACUCCCGUGGUUCACCAUGCUCCUGUCUACCACAGUCAGCAACACUAUUCUGAUGAUCACCAGGACUACUAUGCUCAUCCAAAGUACGAGUUCAACUACGAAGUAGCUGAUCACCACACCGGUGACAUCAAGUCUCAGCACGAAGCUCGUGAUGGUGACCACGUCACAGGCUCCUACAGCCUGCACCAGCCCGAUGGUGCUGUGCGCACCGUACAUUACAACGCUGACAAGCACAGCGGGUUCAACGCUCAAGUAGAAUACUCCGGUCACUCACAACAUGCUCAGCCAGCUCAUCAUGCUCCUCAAUACCACCACUAAAUUCUUAGAAGUCCUAUUCUACUGUAUAAUGUAUGAUAUUGUAUAUUAUUUCUAAUGCGUCCUAUAAUAAUUUAAUAAAUAAGACUGUCUA